AUGGUGUUGCUGGAGCCGGUGGAGGGACGGUGGGCGCCGCUGCCGCCCCCACCGUGGCCAAGCGAGAGCCUCCCCCUCUUCUGCCAGGUGGCCGCCGUGGACGGUGCCGAUGGGCAGGGGAGGAAACGGCUGGUGGUGGUCGGCGGCUGGCACCCGGAGACGUGGGCGCCGACGCACGUGGUGUUCGUCUAUGACUUCCUGACAGGCGCGUGGCGGUGCGGCGUGCCCAUGCCGGGCCCGCGCCGGUCCUUCUUCACCUGCUUGGCCGUUGGCGGCGCCGUGUACGUGGCCGGCAGCCACGACGACGAGAAGAACACCCUGCGGUCGGCACUCGCCUAUGACCCGAACGCCGACGCAUGGGCGCAGCUCCCGGACAUGGCAGAGGAGCGCGACGAGCCGCGCGGGAUCUGCGUCGUCGCCGGGGGAGGUGGCAGGUUCCUCGUCGUCGGCGGGUACCCGACGCAGGCGUAG